AUAUUUGAUCGAUCCAGGAUGGCCCCAAAGACUCCCAUUAAGAAUGAACCAGUUGAUUUAUCAAAGCAAAAAGGCUGCACACCAGAAAGAAAUCCAAUUACACCUGUUAAGCUCCUUGACAUACCUCAGCCUGAUCCCUGGACCCCCACUGCUAACCUGAAGAUGCUUGUUAGUGCUGCUAGCCCUGACAUGAGGGACAGGGAAAAGAAGAAAGAGCUCUUCAGACCCAUAGAAAACAGUGAGCAGAGUGACACACCUGAUUCAUUACAGUAUGAUAUAGUAGACGACAGCACGGUUGAUGAAUUUGAAAAACAGAGGCCCAGCAGAAAACAGAAAAGCUUAGGACUCUUGUGCCAAAAGUUUCUAGCUCGCUAUCCAAGUUAUCCAUUGUCAACAGAAAAAACUACUAUUUCUUUGGAUGAAGUGGCUUCAAUUCUUGGGGUUGAGCGAAGACGAAUUUAUGAUAUAGUGAACGUCCUGGAGUCAUUGCAUUUGGUUAGCCGUGUGGCCAAGAACCAGUACUGUUGGCAUGGCCGGCACAACCUCAGCCAAACUCUGAAAACGCUUCAGGAAGCAGGAGAGCUGCAGUAUGGAGAGCUAAUGACCUUCUUCCAGCACAAGGAGCAGGACUUGGAGUACAAAUUUGGAGAACGAAAAAAGGAAACUAUUCCAGAUUCUCAGGACAGACCAUUACUAGACUUUUCAGAACCAGAUUGCACCUCCGCAUCUGCAAACAGCAGAAAGGACAAGUCGUUGCGGAUUAUGAGCCGAAAGUUUGUCAUGCUGUUCCUUGUGUCCAAGACCAAGAUAGUCACUCUGGACAUCGCAGCAAAGAUACUGAUAGAAGAAACGCAGGAUACAGUGGACCACAGCAAAUUUAAAACAAAGGUGCGAAGACUGUAUGAUAUCGCCAAUGUUCUCACCAGCCUAGGCUUGAUCAAGAAAGUUCAUGUCACAGAAGAACGAGGACGCAAACCAGCCUUCAAGUGGAUUGGGCCUGUGGAAUUCCCUGGAAAGACUGAUGAGCAGAGAGGACAUAGCCCAGCAUCUGAGCCUCUGCCAGGGACACAGACAGGAGCCUGUGCCUCAUAUCAGAUCUGUGCUACUGGAAAGCAAAGGUUUACACGUCACGCUUCAUUUAAUGGCACACAGCCUUGUGAAGGGACCAGAAGGAAGGUCAACUCUGAGCCCAACAGCCCACAUCAAGAGAGGCAAGCCUGUAUUGUGAAUUCAGAUGAAUAUUGCUCCAAAAUGAUAAAUCUAACAGCUGUCUGCAGGCAGAAAAUAGAGAAAGAUACUAGGAAUAAAGCUUGUGCCACAGAAACGAUAUUAAAUUCAGCAAGGAACCCAAGCAUAACCUCACCUCUCUCCCUCCUUCCAGUUCCUGGGGACUCUGAUUUUUGUGUUAACCCUUUGCCUCAGGCAGUUUUCCCUGUGGUUCAGUCAGAUGUGCCAAGCCUCUCAUUUCCAAAUGGCAUCAGCAACCAAGAUCCACAUCCUUCAACACCAGCAGCCUCCGAAACAGAAAAUGGAAAACCUACCCUGCUCCCCAACCAACCUUUCCUGUGCUUCCCAUCUUCAUCCCUUUUUAUGUUGUGUGGCAGUCUUCAGGAAAAUAACUUGAGGGAGACCCUACCCACCACAGGAGACAUACAAAAUGGGAGUGCAGAGGCUCAGGCUGCCGUACCUCCAGCUCUCUGCCAGAAACGCAGCUCCCACAAGUGUGCAUGGCCCUCUGCACCUGUAGAUGAUGAAGAGCCAGCUACUAAAAAGCAGACCAUGGAACAGAAUGAUGUGCCACUCUCACUCGUAGUACCCAAGAAGCCUUUUGAGUCACCCAAGGCAGAAUCUACCCCAGGAAGUGGCUGUAUAUCUGCUGUACAUCUCGAAGAUUUUCAUCUUGACCUCGCAAGUCCUGCUGCUCCAGAGGCUGCAAACAAGGGGUCUGCUAAGCCUUUGGAUUCUCAGGGGCAAGAAAAACAGCCUCAGAUUAAAGAUGAACCCUUUCCAGGAAAAGAGCACAUCUCUAAAGAAAAUGCCAAUCAACCUUUCCUACCACAAUAUCUUUAUGUUCAGCCUACAGCUGGAUUAAACAGUUUUAAUUUCCUGUUCUCUGCAAACCAAGACCCUGGUGCCAUCAGCAUGGCUGCAAGCCAGUUACCUUCUCUGAGCGUCCCCUGUGUUGUGGUGCCGUCGGUAGCCUUGGCUUCCUUCCCUCUCGUCUGUUCUCCCGCAGUCACCAGUCCUCUUUCCCCAGUUCCCGAUGGCUCCUUCUCAACCACUGCCUCCGUGAAUUUCACUAUGUCCAGCCUGGCAUCAACAACGCCUGCUUUCAUAGGCACCACGGCGGUGGUCACCCCCAAGGUCUUACCAGUGCCUUCAGUGGAUCCCCAGCAGCCAGCAAACCCCGCUCUGCACCUGAGUCCUGUGCUUGCAAGGUCUUGCAGUGCUAUUAAACUGGACUCCCCAGUGUGUAUGGGGCACCCAGUGACCCUUCUGAAGCUGCAGCAGCCUUCGUCCACUCCCCUCACUCCCAAGAGCAUUCGUCCUGCACAUCAUGAGGCAUUUUUCAAAACUCCUGGAAGUCUUGGAGACCCUGCUGCGUGGAAGAAAACUGAGGGCAACCAGACCAGAAAUGCUAGUUCUGUGCAGAGGAGACUGGAAAUCUCUAGUACCAGCCCUGACUAACUCCAGUCAUUGCAAAGGGUGGAGAGAUUGUCCUAGGAACCUGGUAUCAAUUACAAGAGAGAACAAGCUCUUACCUGACAAGAGGAGCGCAUUAAAAUGGCAUCCCUUUUGGCAUGCUUCUCUGCUAUCUAUUCACCCACCAGUUCUGUCAGCCACCUUCUUCACAAAUCGUCCUUGGUACUGAAAACCUUUUACUGAGAUUGUUCCUUCAGUACCGAUUUGAAUUCAGAUGCUGUGCUUCACAUGGCCUUGUGGGCAUCAAAUUGCAUUUGUGGUCUUAAUUUGGAAACUCUCUUUAUUGCUGUG